AUGUCGCAGAAACCAGUGACCAUGGACGUCGUCAUCGACGCCGUUGCAGUUGUCACCAUCUUCAAUCCUCCCGUCAACGCCUUGGCUAUUCCCGUGAUUGCGGGAUUGAUGGAGAAAUUUGAUGAGGCUUCGAGGAGAAACGAUGUCAAAGCUGUUGUUUUAACUGGCAAAGGAGGAAAGUUUUCUGGUGGUUUUGAUAUCAAUGUUUUCCGGAAAGUCCACGAAACAGGUGAUGCAUCUGUGGCGGCGCCUGAUGUGUCCGUUGCUCUUGUGCUUAAUGCUAUUGAAGAAUGCAAGAAGCCUGUUGUGGUAGCUGUUGAAGGAUUAGCUCUCGGCGGCGGCUUAGAGUUGGCUAUUGCUUUCCAUGCACGUAUUGCUGUCCCUAAAGCUCUACUUGGCUUGCCAGAAUUGUCACUUGGAGUGAUACCUGGGCUUGGAGGCACACAACGUCUUCCGAGGCUCAUAGGGCUACCGAAGGCUAUUGAAAUCAUGCUGACAUCGAAACCAAUCACAUCCGAAGAAGGGAAGAAGCUGGGUCUUAUUGAUGCUAUUGUCCCUUCUGAAGAGUUGCUGAAAGUUUCUCGCAGGUGGGUGUUAGACAUUGCCGAGAAGUGUAAACCGUGGGUGCUAUCUCUUCACAUAACAGACAAGAUCGGAUCCCUCUCUGAAGUAAAGGAAGUGAUAAAAAUUGCAAGACAGCAAGCCAAAAGGACUGCCCCAAUUUUGCCUCAGCACCAGGCCUGCCUAGAUGUAAUCGAGGAGGGGAUUGUCCAUGGGGGAUAUACUGGAAUUUUAAAGGAGGUCAAAGUUUUUAAGGAGUUGGUCCUUCAAGACACUGCAAAAGGUCUUGUCCACACGUUCCUUGCGCAGCGCGCUACAUCAAAGGUGUCAAAUGUUACCGACCUUGGUCUAAAACCUAGGCAAAUAAAGAAAGUUGCCGUUAUCGGUGGAGGCCAAAUGGGAUCGGAAAUUGCGACGGCUCUUAUCGUGAGCAAUAUAUUUGUCCUUGUCAAGGAAGUUAACUCUGAAUAUCUCCAGAAGGGAAUAAAAAUGAUUCAAGCAAAUGUUCGAGCCUUAGUUAAGAGAGGAAAAUUGACAAAGGAAAGGCAGAAAAAGCACUCUCGAUGCUUAAAGGAGUUUUGGAUUACUCUGAAUUUAAAGAUGUAG